AUGCGCCCGAGGGACAAGAAUGCGCCUCGACCGCGCUCGCCGUUGAGCGAUACUGCUGAAGAAGCCUCCCUCCCGUCUUCGAGAUCUUCACCCUCGGCGGCCCCCCCUAUGAAGACAAGAUACCACGCGAACGUGGUGUUACCGGAUCAUGAGUGUACGGCUACCUGGAGAACGAAUUGUCACUACUGCGUUCAGAGGAAACUCAUCUGCGACCUGCACUGGGAAAUUGUGCGGGUCUCGACCAAGCCUCUCCCGGCGGAUGACGAAUGCAUCCAGAAGACUAUGAAUCGCUUGUGGGAGCUGAGUGUUCGGCUCGAGCGUAUCCUGGAUAUGUUGGACCUUCCAGCAUAUAGCAUUGGAUUGGAAAAGAUCUCGGCAUCGUUGCCCCUCCCCCCAACUGACGAGGAGGGUCUCUGA